AUGUUGACAGUUGAAAAGCAGUGGAUUAAUGUGCAACAGAAGACCUUCACCAAAUGGCUCAAUGACAAGCUGAAGGUGCGGAAGAUCUUCAUCGAUGACCUCGUGGUCGACCUUUCCGAUGGUGUUAUCCUUAUUCAUCUACUCGAGAUCCUGGGUGGAGAGUCACUUGGUCGAUAUGCCUCGAAGCCUAAGUUGCGGGUACAGAAAUUCGAAAAUGUCAACAAGAGUCUCGAUUUCAUCAAGGGAAGGCGGAUCCCGAUGACGAACAUUGGAGCAGAGGAUGUUGUGGAUGGAAAUCGGAAGAUCAUUCUGGGCUUGAUAUGGACACUCAUUCUGCGAUUCACGAUCAGCGACAUCAACGCGGAGGGAAUGACCGCGAAGGCGGGUCUCCUUCUGUGGUGUCAACGAAAGACUGCUUGUUACGAAGGAGUGGAAGUCCGGGACUUCUCCACUAGCUGGAAUGAUGGUCUGGCCUUCUGUGCCCUUCUGGAUAUUCAUCGCCCAGACCUGAUUGACUUCGAUGCUCUGGACAAGAAGGACCACCGGGGUAACAUGAAACUUGCCUUCGACAUCGCAGCUAACGAAAUAGGCAUCCCUGACUUGCUUGAUGUCGACGAUGUUUGCGAUCAAGCAAGACCUGAUGAGAAGUCGCUUAUGACAUACAUCGCUUAUUGGUUCCAUGCAUUCUCGCAGCUGGAGCGUGUCGAGAAUGCCGGACGUCGGGUGGAGAAAUUCAUCAACAACAUGCAUGGUGCAUGGGAGAUGCAAAAUUCCUACGAGCGGAGAAUGAGGGAACUCUUGCGUGUUAUCAGAGUGCAACGCGAGGCAUGGAAGAACUCUUCCUUCGAAGGCACAUACAAGGACGCGAAAGAGCAAGCCCACCAGUUCUCCUUGUAUAAAAGGAACCAGAAGCGCCAGUGGGUUGCAGAAAAGUCGGAUCUCGCAGCCCUGCUCGGUAACAUCAAGACCAAACUCAGCACAUACCGAUUGCGCCCUUACCAACCGCCAAAGGAACUAAGUCUGGAGGUUUGCGAUGAGGAGUGGGAGGGCUUGACUCGUGACGAGCACGAACGUAGCCAGCUUAUUAACGAGACCAUUCGGGAUAUCAAGAAUGCCCUCCGCCGAUCGUUUGCAGACAAAGCCAACGAUUUUGCGCUAACGUUGAAGACCCUGUCUCUGGCAAUAUCUGGUCUCGAUGGUGAUGUAGAAGACCAAUUAGCACAUGUCAAGAGACUCAAUGACAACCUCCCUCCCCUCGAUGCGUUCUUAGAUACCAUUGCGGCUCUGGACGAGCAAUGUGCGGAGGCGAAUAUUGAGGAAAACGACUACACCACAUAUACUUUAGAUGAACUCUCUUACGAGCUGAGCUUGGUCAAGUCCAGCAUCUCCAAAAAGCUGGCAUUCCUUGACAAUCAACUCGUGGCUCGGAACAUGACCAACCUGACCCCAAUUCAACUGGAGGAGUUUGAGUCUGUCUUCAGACAUUUCGAUCGCGACGCUUCCAAUACCCUUCAUGAGCUUGAAUUUUCGGCAGCCCUCGCCAGUCUUGGCCUUGUAUAUGAUGAAGAGGAGAUGCAUGAUGUCUAUGUGGAGACAUGUGGACCAGCUCGACUUGCGCAAAAUGCCGGUGUCAGCUUUGAGCAGUUCAUCCGAUUCAUGGUCAGCGUCACUGAGGAUCAAAACACGGCCGAGCAAGUCUACCAGAGUUUCCGCGAGGUUGCGGAUGGCAAGCCUUAUGUUACGGAGCUCGACCUUCGACACUCUCUCAUUCCCGACGAGGUAAUCGAACAUCUAGUCCAGACUAUGCCGCCGCACAACGGACCGGAUCUUCAAGAAGACAGAGACCUUCCCAAGUAUGACUACAUCAGCUUCAUGGAGAAGAUGAUAGAGCAUAACAACAGCGACCCUGUGAAUGGUGGGAAUUGA